AUGUUCGGUUCACCAUCUCCAGCGUCACGUCACCUCCGGCGCCGCCAGCAGAAUUACUCCUGGGACCACGGCUACCUAUACCAAUCUGAACUCACACCCGUUCCCUCUUACGAAGACCUCCCCACUCCCACUGCCAUGCACUCCCCAGUCGACCUUCCCUCCCGCGUCAACGCUCUGAACCGCCGUGCAGCUAUCGUCUCUGCGAACCUAGGGCAUCUAACAACCGUCGUCAAACCGCUUGAGACAAUCAAACCCGAUGGCCUGAGCGAAAGCCAUCUCACUGAUAUGUGGGAAGAGGGCGUGUGCUUGGGUAAAGCAAUGGAGGAGUUCAAGGAGCAGAUGGAGGAAGUGAGCUUGAUACUGGAGGAGUUGCUGAUCGGUCGGAAGAAGGCUAUGAAGGUCUUGGGUGGGGUUGGCAUGGGACUGGAGAAUGGUAGAAGUAUGUCAAGGGGCUUUGGUAGAAGGAGGGGAAUGGGGUUCUGA